AUGCCAGUUCGUCGAAGCAAGGUAUUAUUAGUGAAAUGGUUUUUCGAAAGCCAACACAAACUGCAAACCAUCCGAUGGUGUAGCUCAUCACUUCGGUACAAGGAAUUAGAGGAGACUUCGACACAAGGACAGCUCGAGCCGGAGCCGCCCAUUACUGCUUCAAUACCUGGUGUCAAGCCACGCCCACACAUAACGCCAGAAAUUUCGUUCAAGCACGAUGAUUUGCAAGUAACGCUGGCGGCGCCCUACCAGCUUCAAAGGAAGCCCGAUGCGAUCGAUCUUGGAUUUGGCAAAUAUUUUACAGAUCACAUGCUCAAGAUACAAUACGAAAAGCAACUAGGCGGAUGGCAAAAACCAAAAAUUUCACCUUUCGAGCCGUUAAGCAUUCAUCCAGCUGCAAAAGCUCUACACUACGCAAUACAACUGUUCGAAGGCUUGAAAGCAUAUAGAGGAGUUGACGACAAAAUACGAUUGUUUCGACCGGAUUUAAACAUGGAAAGAAUGAAUUUAGCGGCGGCAAGGUCAGGUCUGCCAAUGUUCGAUGGCGACGAAUUAAUAAAAUGUGUAAAGCGAUUAAUUCAAAUUGACCAAGAGUGGGUCCCACAUUCGGAGACAUCUACUCUAUAUAUACGACCAACAUUAAUUGGAACUGAGGCAACCUUCGGUAUUAUGGCCCCCGAAUCGGCGUUGUUAUUCGUAAUCAUGAGUCCAGUGAGCGCGUACUACAAGGCGAGUAGUGACGGCGCUGUAUCAAUUUACGCCGACCCUAGUGUUGUCCGUGCCUUCCCGGGCGGCGUGGGCAAUCGAAAAGUGGGCUCUAACUACGGCCCCACAAUCGAUGCUACCGCUCGCGCCGCGAGUAUGGGCCACCAUCAAGUAUUAUGGCUGUUUGGACCUAAUCAUGAGCUAACCGAAGUUGGAGCGAUGAACAUAUUUACGGUGUACAUUAACGAACACGGAGACAAACAACUGAGCACGCCACCCUUAAACGGUCUUAUUCUGCCCGGAGUAACUAGGCGGUCUAUCCUCGAGCUGGCUAGUCAGUGGGAAGACCUGACGGUCAAAGAAGAAGUUAUGACUAUGGAACGACUUAUUAUGCUAAACAACUCGGGACGGUUGCUCGAGAUGUUCGGCUCAGGCACCGCUGUAGUCAUAAGUCCCAUCAGUCGGGUGGGUUUCGUCGACAAAGAAAUAUACAUUCCUACAAUGAAACAACCACAGCCCGUCUUUCAACGGGUCAAGGACACGUUGUUGGCGAUCCAGUAUGGCCACAUAGAGCAUCCAUACGCCGUCGUCAUAUCAUAG